AUGUCGUUUGAGGAAUUGAUGCGACGCAAGAGAGAGGCGCAGAUGGCGGAGAGGAUGAAGCAGCAGCAGACGCUCACCGCGGCUGCCUCCUCGCGCGUGUCGCAUCCUGGACCAGGCGUCUCUGCUGCGGCAUCCGCGGCGGAGGGCCUCGCGCGGGCGGCUCGCCAGCCCCAGGGCGGCUGGGGUCGCGCAGCCGUUGCAACGAGAAGAAGGACUCGGCGGACAUGCACCAGGGCCGCAGGCCGUCGGCGCGCCACACGUUCCUCAGAAGGCGCCGAGUCCGUCCCGCCGCGCGCCGCCGCAAGCAGGACUCGCCGCGGGAGGCCUCAGGACUGCUGCUCCGCAGACAGCCGCCGAGGCUGGUCAGCAGCCCCCGCACCUCGCGAAGGCGAAGCAGCCCGCGUCUGCGCCAAGGCCGAGCGCAGUUGGUGCAAAGAACCCAGGCAGGCCUCCUGCGCUGGCGCCGCUCGGGAAGGCAGCUGCCGCGCCGCCGCUGCCGCCUGCCGCCUCUUCGUCCUCCGCCACGCCGCUGCCCAAGAGCUCCGCUGUCGCCGCGCGCCUUCCCGCCGGGGGAGCGGCACAGCGGGCGCCGCAGCCUGGCGGGGGGGGAAGGCCGCGCCGCCUCCGCCGGUGCCUGCGCAGGCGCAGCUCAGCGCGGCUGCGUCGUCGUCUGCGGCGGCCGUCGCUCAGCCGCGUGGGCUCGCGAAGCCUGCGUCUGCAGCCGGCGCCGCAAAACGCCCGCCCGCAGGGCAGCCGUCGGUUCAGCCGGCGGCGGGUGCGUCGCUGUCUGUGCAGGCGAAAAGCGGCAGCGUGGCUCGGGGCGGCGCGCAGGCCAAGGCCACGGCCGCGUCGGCCCUCGCCGGCAAGGCGGGACAGAAGGUCGGAGUCUCGCCAGCCGCACGCGCUCAGGCUGCAGAAGGAAGCCCGGCGCAAGCAGUCGCAUCGAAGAAGGCCACCGCCCUCGCCAAGCCUUCGGGCGUGGCGGCUGCAAGCACCGCCCCCGGGGCUGCAGCGGCACCCGCAGGCGCGAGCGACGCAGGCGAUGCGAAGGCAAUUUCAUGCGCGCUGAAGAACGGUGACCUCGGGGCGUACUGCCGCCAGCUCGCCGCAGAGGUUGCGGCCUUCCAUCCGCUGGGCUCCGACGCGUGGCCCGCCUCGCUGGCGACCGCGUCUCUGGGCGCGGAGGCCUUCGCGUCCCUCGCGGAGAAGCUGGACGUCAUGUCGGCACACAGCGACCGCGAGAUGCGUGAGCGCCUCCUCGACAUCGAGCGCACGGUGGCGGCCGUCUCCACUGCGUCGUCCUCCGCCGCAGCCGCUUCGUCGGCUUCUGGGGGUGCGGGGGCCGGCGCGGAAGGUCUCUGCGUGAGGGGAGUGCUUGAGGAGAUCCUGGGGCCUUUCCUCGCGUGUGCGCUGGAGUGCGCGGCGCCGCUGGACGCAGCGGCUGCGCGCGAUGCGGUCAUCCCCUUCGCCUCGAUGACGUUCGACGAGCUGCGCGACGGCGUCGGCGCGGCGCUGGGGCGGACUCUGACCGACGUCCUCGGCGCGCCCGCGGAGGCUGCAAAGGGCCUCGGCGACCCGCGGCAACUCAGCCAGGCGCUGGCGCGACUUGCGCUCUGGUCUGACGCGAUGGAGACGCGCAUUAGCUCCUGGGCGAACGAGUUCUCAAAGUCCACGGGAAAAAGGCCGUUCGCACACCCAGCCGCAGGCGCGCAGGGGGCGACCGCCCAGCUGCCAAAGAAACUCAAAGCGACGACGAGCUCGGUCCCAGCGACCAGCGAAUGA